AUGAAGGAAGAAACAGAACCCAGAGACACCCCCGAAGGCUCGGCUGCUGGUGACGAGUCGAAGGCCAGUCUUGCUUCCAAGGAUCGCAAAUGCCAAUAUUGCCAGCAGGCGUUUACAUCCUCAUCACUGGGUCGACACCUCGACCAAUUUCUUUUUAAGAAGAAACCCGACGGAAUCCACGAUGUCGAAGAGAUCCGACGAAUUCGCAGCGGAAUCACCAGGCGUCAGGCCCGAACAUCCACAGGGAAGACCGAGGGUAGUCCUGAAAGAACCCAGAAAAAGGGCACAUCAGAGCCGUUUACAGCCGUAGACUCGGGAUCGAAGUCGCGCGAGACUCCGGUGCGCAUGAUGUUCAAUACACCCACCUGGCACGCGACGGGGGUGAUCAACGAUAUCCCCAACCCUAGUCGCGUGCUAGAUGGGCCUCGCAUUGCGCCAUCGCAAUCUCGCACAGGGUCGCUACAGCUACCGGACUAUGUGAGUCGAGGUGCUAGCUCCAGCAACCCGGAUACAAUGCGGGCGCUGGAGCUCGCACUGCGCGAGGUUCUUGAUAAUAUCAAAGCCGCGAGCUCUCGUAUCCGGCCCCGGCUCUCUCCGUUCGACUUCGACAUGCAAGCUCAGACCUUCCCCUCCAUGUGUCUGCAGUUGCUCCCUCCACCGCCAAGCCUGUUUGCGACACAUCCGUUUUCCUCCUCUACCUCGUUUCCACUGCAGCCCCCCGGCGCCGAGCACCUCGAUAUACUCCGCCAAGCCCUUCGCUCCAAGGUCGCACAAUGGCAAACCGACCAACUCGCAGUAGACUUGACUGCCGGGCCUCACAUGAGACAUGGGAAUAGCGGAGUGGAUCCGAACAUGAUAUACCGAAGCGCACAACAGCACGAGGAUAUCAGUUUUCGACACUUAGAAUUGGCCUUCAAUCAUUGGAAUUCUCUGUCCCACGAGACCCGUCGCGACGCGUGGCAAUUGGAGAUCACACGUGCAUUUGCGCGCGAGACAGAGAAGCGCAAGUCCUCAGACGAGCAACUCGCCCGAGUACAACAGGAAGCAAAUCAGCUGCGCGCACAGGUCGAGCGCCUGGGGUCAUGUCAGUGGCCUCGUGAGUUCGCACUCUUCCCCCCAGAUACGCUCCCCCUACCACGGGAUGUAGCGCGGGAAUUAGACGCACAAGAAAGCCACAUCAGUGCCGACUCCACGCGAUGGGACUACGACAGCGUGGUCGCUAAAUGGAGACGUGUUGUUAUGCAUGAUAAGAGCAUGGGCCGGGUCGGGGUCGGUUAUGGAAACCCCAGUCCGCUGGGGGAUCCAGAUCAAAGUCAGUCUCAGCAAAGCCCUGAUGUUCGGCCACCACGCCCAGGCGAAGACACUACCUCCCACCCGAAUCGCUUGCGCCCAUUGCAAUCUGCUACGGCUUUGAGCCCGGACGCUGCGGCUACCUCCACCCCUGCUUCAUCUACCCACUACGCUUCACCCCACUCUUUUGCAGACCCUCGCAGCCCGCCAAGCGGUGCGCUACACAGCGGCAUGCCCCAGGUGGGUGGGCUGCCCCCGGCCAAGCGACAGCGUCUCAUGAAUGGCUCAGAAGACCCAUCUGGUCCUUCAUCUGAGUCUGGUCAUCCUCCGCCUUCUGCGGCUGGUAAACCGUGGGGAUCUUCCACGCCUCAUUUAUCCAAUCUUGCUGCACCCUCAGGACAGACGCCUACUUCAUCGUCGUCCAGGAAUUGA